GCCUGCCUCAGCCCUCCCGCUCCUCCUCAGCCGGGCUGCCCUCCUGCUCCUCCCGCGAACGGCGGCGGGGGCGCGGCGGGGCCGGACCAUGCGGUGGCAGCGGAGCCCUCGGAGGCCCUGGAGGCUCCCUCGGCGCUCGCUGCUGGCCGCCCUCUUCUUCUUCUCGCUCUCCUCUUCCUUCCUCUACUUCGUCUAUGUGGCGCCCGGCAUCGUGAACACCUACCUCUUCAUGAUGCAAGCCCAAGGCAUCAUGAUUCGUGAAAACAUGAGAACAAUAGGAGCUCAGGUUUAUGAACAGGUGGUCCGCAGUGCCUAUGCCAAGAGGAACAGCAGUGGGAAUGACUCAGAUUAUCCUCUUGAUUUGAACCACAGCGAAACAUUUCUGCAAACAACAACUUUUCUUCCCGAAGACUUUACAUACUUUCCAAACCAUACCUGCCCUGAAAGACUCCCUUCUAUGAAGGGCCCUAUUGAUGUAAAUAUGAGUGAAAUCAGUAUGGAAGAGAUCCACCAAUUCUUCUCUCAAGACCCUGCUAUCAAACUAGGAGGCCACUGGAAGCCUAAAGACUGUUUGCCUCGUUGGAAGGUGGCAAUCCUUAUCCCAUUCCGCAACCGUUAUGAGCAUCUGCCAGUCCUCUUUAGACACCUUAUUCCAAUGCUGCAACACCAACGUUUACAGUUUGCAUUUUAUGUUAUUGAGCAAGCUGGUAACCAACCCUUUAACCGCGCCAUGCUCUUCAAUGUUGGCUUUCGGGAAGCAAUGAAGGACUUGGACUGGGAUUGUCUAAUCUUCCAUGAUGUGGACCAUAUACCUGAAAAUGACCGUAACUAUUAUGGAUGUGGGCAGAUGCCAAGACACUUUGCAGCAAAGCUGGAUAAAUAUAUGUAUCUCCUUCCUUACAAUGAGUUCUUUGGAGGAGUGAGUGGCUUAACAGUGGAACAGUUUAAAAAAAUCAAUGGCUUUCCAAAUGCCUUCUGGGGCUGGGGCGGAGAAGAUGAUGACCUUUGGAACAGAGUGCACUAUGCAGGCUACUUAGUGACUCGGCCAGAAGGAGAUACAGGGAAAUACAAGUCUAUUCCUCAUCAUCACAGAGGAGAAGUGCAGUUCUUAGGAAGGUAUGCACUUUUGAGGAAGUCCAAAGAGAGGCAAGAAUUAGAUGGCCUCAAUAACUUGAACUACUUUCCAAAUGUUACAUAUGACGCCUUGUAUAAAAACAUAACUGUCAACCUGAUGCCAGAGCUGGCUCUGGUGAAUGAAUACUGAGAAGGUGAAAAGAAGAAAACAUAUUAUUUUGUAGGUAUCUCUUGGACAAGAAAAAUCUUGUGUCUAAUGAAGGAUCACAGUAAUUUUGAAGAAUAAUACUCCCACGCACACAGAUCGUCAGAUUAUAAACUCACUCAAGACUGUGCAGCGAGCUUGGACUUCACUUGCUUUUUGAUUUCUCUUUUUAAAGAACAGUGAUGUGACCUGCUGCUUUUGUUCCAGCAUUCCAUCUCCUUUAUCUUCAAUACCAAACUGUGACUGAAUGUGCUUUCCUGUUCAUCAAACCAGUUUGGCUAAAAAGGACGCCAUUGGCUUCUUGACUUUGGGUGCCAGAAGCUUACCUGGAGGCAAUGACCCUAAUGGGAGAUGAACUGCUACUUAACAAUGAUAUCAUUCUUCUACAUUUGUGUUUCUAUUGGUUUUUUUUAACUGAACUGCUUGAAGACUAUAUAUAUAAAUAUAUAUACAUACACACACAACAGAAUCACUUCUUAAAGAAGUGCAGGUGUAAAUAAGCUUGUAGAAACGGUUUUUUUUAUAUAACUAUUUUACGAUCCCGAACUGAAGCUGAAGGUUUACAACAUAAGAUAAUUUAUGUAAGCCCCCACCUGUGCAAACACUUCAGAACAUCAGAUGACAUUCAUGUGAGUAAUUUUCUUCAGAGCUACUUACCUGGCUGUUUGCAGGUUUGGGACUCUGCUAGUAGGUUAUGAAGCUUAACAAAUGGAAGCCAUAGCAGUGCUUAUUUGAGGGGUGGAAUCUGACUUUGGAAGUAGGGAUUUUAUUCAUUAAUGAACAAAGACCAGUCUCGUGCAUUUUGUGAUUGGAUAGCCUUUCCAAAUUUUAUGCUGAUUGAUCACAUUCUGCCAUAUAUCUCAUAGUGGAAGCUAAACACAGGAGGAAAUGCUUCUAAAUCAGCUUCGCCUUUGCAAGGGACAGAUUCUCCAAAAAGUUGUAGGUCGUCACUCACCCCUCAUAUCCACCUCACCCCUCAUAUCCACACAUUUUUGGUUCAGACUAAGUUUGCAAAGUCUACAGUGAUUCCUGUAAUUGAACUUUGGGCGUGGGGAAGUUAUAGUAUUUUGAUAUAUUUAUUGUGUAAAUGAAACUGUACACUGAACUAAUAUAGGUUAAAAUUGUAGGUUAGAACUCUUGGUUAUUACAGUUAACUGAGAAGGUGUUGCACAAGUACAAAUACUGGGAUAAAUAUAUCCAGACUCCAAAUCAUAAUUAAAAGAAUGAAGGGCAUUGAAAUUAGUUCAGGGGGGCAGAAUGUGAGUCUCUAUGACUCAAGUGCUUGGUCCAUAUCCUCCAUUCAGUUUCACAGAUCUGGUUUUUGUUUAAAUGGGCAUCUUAGAUUUGUGCCUUUUUUGUUUCAUUUUUCAAAAACUAAUCCACCUGUUCAUACAGUAUGUACAAACUUUUUUUUUUUUACUAGGGCUCAUAACCCUGGUAAAUGUCUUCUUGGAUUGCUCUAAUAUAUAUUUAUAGACGCAGAUUGUGAGUACUUAACCUGAGAAGUACUUUAAUUUCUUUUAUUGCAUUGUUGCCUUCAAUUUGUUUAACUUGCAUAGUUUACACUUAGUUUCUUUGGUUCGGUGGAUGUAUGAUCCCCCAUAUACAUUUGUUGUGGGUGUGACUGACCAAGCCUAUUUUCUUAUGUCUCAAAAGAGUUAUGAAAGUGUGUGUGUGUGUGUGUGUGUGUGUGUGCGCUUGCUCGCACGUGUGUGUGUGUGUGUGUGUGUGUGUGUGUCUUAUCAGCCCAUAUGAAAGGCAGCAAGUCUGCUCUUGAGAAUGCUGGUAAGUGUGCUUUAAAAUAUUUCAUAAGGGGAACCCUUCAUGGCUGCUGCAGAGGUAAGGAUUUGCGUGUCUUUUUAUUUUUUUAUGGCACAUAUAGCAAUAAAGACUUCUAAAUUUUGACUUUUUUCAGAUGUGAAUAAGACACAUACCCUUUUCUUGCUUGUCUUUUUUUUAAUCUAGAAAACUGAUAGAAAACAACAUCUUUAUUUAAUGGUGCUUCAGUUGAGGAAUGUAUUUUCAAAUUGUCUGAAUUCACCAUCACAUCUACAUAUACCCAAAUAGAUAUUGGGCUGUGUGGGAUUUCAAAUCCUCAAGCUUUUGAGUAGAUUUCCAUCCCUCUAGAACCCCUAUUCUUGAACAAGAAAAGGAAUUACCUCUGCUCAGAAAGGCAUUAAAGAUUAGCAUGAAAGGGUCAGUUUUACUCCUUAAUCAAUGGCUUUUGGUUUAUUUUGUUCUUUCCAAUCAAGUUGUUUUAUUUUCCUCUUUUAAAAUGUGGAAUAUCUUUGAAAUGUGCACUGUUAUCAGCUAAGUCAAAUACUAUAUAGUAAACGUAAUUGUUGAAAACAUAAAUGUCAAGCGCAUGUGAUGUUAUAGUGUAAAAGAAAAAUCAUUUAAAAAACUGUACAUACUUGGGCAGCUGAAAUUUCAACAAGGCCACUGCUCCCCAUCUCCAUCAGCACGGUCAGCUAACACUGCUGGGGGCAGAACACUAUGAUAAAAAUGCGUGUUUUGUUUUUUGUUUUGUAUGAGCCAUGUGGGUCUUUAUUUGCUAAAAGAUUUGUUUUAAAGCCACUACAUUUUGUAAAACAAAAAAACAAAACACAGCUCCUUCUUGAAAGAGUUUACCAGCUGAGUAACCACCAUGCAUUUCCAAACACGUGCUCGGAAAAGGUAGCAUUGAACAACAUGUAGCUUCCUUCCAUCCUAUUGUUUGAGCUUGCUGUUACGUUUUCUAUGAGGUGCCAGGGGUACAUUUUUGCACUGAAAUCUAUAGUGUUUUAAAACACACACAAUUUUCAGCAAAGCAAUCCUUUGUGUCAUUACGUUUAUUUACCCAUGUGUUUGUACAUUUUUGUAUUUGUUAAUUUAUGAAUGAUUUUUUUCAGUAAAAAGAAUACAUAUUCAAGAA